GCUAUUUUAAUAACAAAUACCUCAAUGAUUUUAAAACAAAGUUCAUUUGUGUUAAUGAUGAAUCGCUGGAAGAUUUGUGUUUUUAUCGAGUUUAAUUAACGAUCCCGUUGUUAAAGGAGUAUUACCCCAUUCAAACAAUUUUUUUGGAGAAUUGCUCUUUUAAAAUAACGUAGGUUAAUAUUAGACUGAUCUCUCUACAAUAAUUUAGGAAAUUUUACACUCGGUUUCUUAAUUGAGAAUUUAAAUUUAAACGUCACAUCACUUAGUUUUCGUUUCCGAUUUUUAGUAUUUGAUGAUCAGUUGAUAGCAGUUCGAUAAAGCUAGGACUAUUUGACUUGUGAAAUUAAAAAAACUUAGGUUAUUGAGAAUAAGCAGUAGAAAUUUUCUACUUUUUUCAAAUCAGAAACCGGCUGUUAGUCUGUAAAUCGAUUUAAGCAUUUUGACUUCCUUGUUUAUUGAUUGUCUGGUAGAAUUUGCAUGAAAGCAGCCUUAUAAAUCACAAACUAGUUUAUUUCGUUUUAAGAAACGAAUAAGUCAAUUACCGAUUUAAAACUUUUCCUUAGGACGUCCCAAAAACAGCUGACUCAGGGUUGAAAACACUCAUUAUUUACAAAAACUUUGUAAUAUCUCCGAAACUAUUUGACCUAGACUUGUAAUUUUUUUUACAUCAUAUUAAAGACAAAUAGUACUCUCCAGGAACCUCGGGAGUUUCGGUCGUUCUGUUCCACCGAGUAUAUGCAACAAUUACAAUAAAGCAAUACUUCGAAUGUUUCUACAUGAUAUACAGGGUGUCCACCAGCAGAUUUUAUACUAUGCUAGGUAAUAAAAUAAUAAAUAAUUACAAAAUCAAACUUAUUUAUUAAUUUUUGUACAUAGCAUUAGUGCGGAUUUCAAUUUUUAAAAAUAACAUAACGAUGCCUUACUUUCUCAAACUCGUAUCUUAAAAAAAUAUGAUUUUGGCUUUUUGUUGUCUAUCUAAAGCUAUCGUUUUGCUUCAUAACUGCAGCAAACUCUUAUCUCAAUACGCUGUACUAAACGUGUAAUAAGCAAUACCAAAAAUAUAGGUAUCUCUCUCACACCCAUUUCAGUAACUGCGUCAAACUCGUAUCUUGAAAUACGUGGUUGUGAAGCUAAUCGUCAUGCAGGAAGCUCCAGUUUUGUUUACCGCUUUCUUGAGAUGCGAUGUUGCCGCACUUAUAGCAUUGCGGGAAAAGUUUGAGAUAGGAUUAGAUUUUUGAAACAAUACUAUUGAUAACGCAGUUCUUAAGGUCCAAUAUUGACAGAAGGGUGGCUUUGUUUUAUGAAGAACUUUCUAGAAAUAAUUUCAACCAUUUUGGGAAUAGCUAAACUACGAAGGUCAUUUCGCUUCUUGCAUUGCUGUUGUUAUAAUCGUGUGCUACAGUUACUUAAAAAUUUGUGUAAUGAAAAAAUAUGUUUCUGUUGAAUUAAUUUAUCAUAUCACUAUUUUAAAUACAUACAUAAUUAUCUAGUAGUGAGCUUAGAAUAAUUAUUUAUAGUAAGAAAUUGUGAGUAGCAGUGUGAUUUUUGCCGGUAAGUAAUGUUUGAAUGUUUUCAUGUGCCGUCGAUAUAACUUUUAAGGCUUCUUAUCACAGUUUUAAUAGGAAUAUAAAUAAGCCCAGGAAAUUCAUCCGUCUGUCUGUCUGUCCGUUUAUUACAGUGGGUUUUUUAGUCGCUUGUAGAGCUACACUGCUGAAGUAGGUAACACUACAAACCAUGUUGAACUCUCACUACUAGGCAGGGUCUCUUCCCAUUGCCACGAUGGCCUAGUCCGGAUUGGUGGAUACUGAAUAACUGGUAGUAAAGGUUGUAUUAGCAUCCGUGACCGACAACUUUACUUGCAUGACUCCUUUUUAAUUUUGUAUAUUAGGUGAUAAGCCUGCUGGCCAGCUAAAUUAGUUAAAGAAAUAUCUAGCCAAUGCUCUAGCCAUUUCUUUUCAUUGCAGAAAAUAAUGGCGAGCUCCCGUAGUAGAACAUUACUGAAUUUAGCCCUCACGAAUGACACACCUAUGGACAACUGUAUUGAAGGAGUCAAUCGUGAUGAGAUGACAGUAAACAGUAGUGAUCCAUUCACUAUUGAGCCUUGUAAUGAUCUGACCAUUACUACAAGUUCUGAAAAACCUUCUGCCAUAAAAAUUCUUGAAGAGAAACGAGUAGUCCUGGAUCCUAAAUCCGGGCGUUUUGUUUUUACGGACCAGUAUCAAGAAACCAAUACUACAAUACCAGUAAACGCCGUUUUGGAUGAAAGAACGGGUCAAUUUGUUUCAGCAAGCUUUGAUGACUUAAACUUUACCUCAGGAUCCGACUAUUCACCAAGUGAAUCUGAGGAUCUUUCUUCUGAAUCAAGUUUAUCUGACAGUGGACCUUCAUAUUUAUUAUUGGACGAAUCAUCUGGAAUAAUCACAAAGAAGAAAUCACGAAAAGGUCAGGGAAAUGCUUUGAACUGGACUAGGAAUCAAAGAAAACGUAAGAGAAUGCAAGGUAAAGAAUAUUCAUCGAUCAAAAGAAGCAAAGAAGUGACUGGUGUCAUGGAAAGACGAAAGGAAAGAACUUUAAAAUCUCGUUGCUGUUCAGAAACAUGCUCGAAAAAAUUUGGUAAGCAAUGCAACCAAGUAUCAGAAGAAGACAGAAAGGAAAUUUUUAAAACAUUUUGGUCACUUUCAUGGGACGAAAAAAAAGCGUAUGUUGUUGCUAUGGUAUCGCAUAAGCCAGUUGCUUUACAAACAACUGGUACUAUUUCUCGACGGACAAACACUUUAACUUAUAAUUUGAAAAUUUCUGGGGAUACCAAAGUUGUUUGUAAAAAAAUGUUUUUGAAUACAUUAUCUCUAGGCGAAUGGAGCGUGUCCAACUGGGUAACUAAAAAUCCACAUACAAGCGACAUAGGGAUGGUGAAAAAAAAUAACCCAGUUAAACGUCAAAACAAAAAAAAUAUUGCUAAAGUUAAUCAUGUAAAGUCUUUUCUCGACAACCUACCAAAAAUGCCGUCACAUUAUUGCCGACAGAGCACCAACAAACAAUAUAUUGACGUUCAAUAUAGGACAUGGGCAGAAGUAUACACAGAUUUCAAAAAAUAUUUAACAGAACAUGAUAUCGAUAAUAGCGAAAAGGCGACGUACAAAUGCUUUUUAGAUGCAGUUCACAAGACUAAUAUAAGUAUCUACAGACCAAAAAAAGAUCAAUGCGACGUUUGUUUUGCUUACAAAAACAAAAACGUCCCAGAAGAUGAAUAUCAGCUACAUAUAAAAAGUAAAGAGCAAGCACGAAAAGAAAAAGCAAGCGAUAAAGAACGAUGUAAAAACGGUGAUAUUCAGAUGUUCACUGUAGACUUGCAAGCAGUGCAAACCAUCCCUCUGCUUUCAGCGGGUUCCAAUUAUUUUAAAACCAAACUGUGUGUACACCAAUUUACCAUCUACAAUGAAAGUGACAAAAAUGUUUCAUGCUAUGUCUGGCAUGAAGCUGAAGGAGGCAUGGACUCUAACAUCUUUACUUCUUGUUUGAUAGACUAUUUGCAAAAACUAGAGGACAAAUCACGGCCAAUAGUCAUUUAUAGCGACGGGUGCUGUGCCCAAAACAGAAACACUACUCUGUCAAAUGCAUUGUUGUAUUAUGCAAAGGUCCAUCAUGCUGAGAUACAACAAAAGUACCUAGUUGUAGGACACACACAAAUGGAAUGCGAUUCCGUCCAUGCCUCCAUCGAACGCAAAAAGAAAGGAAAAGAGCUGUAUGUGCCAGCUGAUUUUAAUACAGUAAUUAAGCAAUCCAGACUGUCACAACCGUACCAAGUUAAUUAUUUAAAUUACAGCUUCUUUAAAGAUUUUUCAUCAAUAAAUUAUUUAAAAUCAAUAAGGCCAGGCACUAAAAAAGGCGACCCAUGCGUCGUGAAUAUACGAGCUCUGAAAUACACAGUUGAAAAUGAAGUACAGUACAAAUUAAGUUUUGACGAAGAGUGGCAAAAAUUGCCUCAACGUAAAUUGCGGCAACAGUUGCAGACUAAUGAUGAUAUGACAACAAUACCAAGCCUCUACAAUGAGCGAUUAACUAUUACUAAAAGAAAAUAUGACGAUCUACAAGACCUGAAACUGAUGAUCCCAGCUGAUUAUCAUGAUUUUUACGACAAUUUGCCACACGAUUAG